AUCUCCGUCUAGGGUUUCCCAUCACCAUAUAAAAAGGUGGCCACGCUAUCACCCACUUCCUCUCUCCACUCUCGUCUUUACUCUUUACAACUCUCUCACACUCAGCCUCUCUCUCUCUCUUUCUCUCUCUAGAAAUCGAGAAUGGCCGUUACCUUUUCAGAUCUGCACACAGAGUCCGGCCUCAAGGCCCUCGACCAAUUCCUCUCCGGCAAAUCUUACAUCUCCGGUGACCAAUUGACGAAGGAUGAUAUUAAAGUUUACGGCGCCGUUUUGGAUAGUCCAAGUGCCGAUCUUUACCCGAACGCCUGCAAGUGGUACGCCACCGUCUCCUCGAAGCUGGCAUCCAGCUUUCCCGGGAAGGCUGUCGGAGUGAGAAUUGGGGGACAAGCUGCUGCAGCAGAAGCACCUGCUGCUGAGGCUCCUAAGGAGUCCGCUGUCGCUGAUGAUGACGACGACCUUGAUCUCUUUGGCGAUGAGACGGAGGAGGAAAAGAAGGCUGCAGAAGCGAGGGAGGCUGCAAAGCCAGCUGCCAAAAAGAAAGAGAGUGGGAAAUCAUCUGUUCUUCUGGACGUAAAGCCAUGGGAUGACGAGACAGACAUGAAGAAACUCGAAGAGGCUGUUCGUAGUGUUGAGAUGGAAGGCCUUUUCUGGGGAGCAUCAAAAUUGGUCCCAGUUGGUUAUGGAAUCAAGAAGCUGCAGAUUAUGAUGACCAUAAUUGACGACCUCGUCUCAGUUGACACUAUGAUUGAAGAGCGUCUCACAGUCGAGCCUAUCAACGAAUACGUGCAAAGUUGCGAUAUUGCUGCCUUCAACAAAAUCUGAGGUCAAUCUACUUAAAGAAGCCUUCAAUGGCUGUAAUUUUGUUAUUUUUCUUAGCUCCCGCUCGAUUUCUGUUUUUGUUUUACAACUUCCUCCGUAUUUUAGCAACGUGUUUUGUUUUUUUCUCUACAGAGGUAAGAGAGAUGGAUAUUUUUAAAACUACUCCGUGAUGUGAUGUCGUAACUUUAAAAAUGUCUUUUGAGAAGUUGCAUUUACAUUUUGGUCAGAAUC